AUGGCGAUCGAGCGUGUUCUUAUCUUGGCACUUAUCGGCACUUGCCUAAUUUCCAUGGCGAGUGCCAUUCCUGGUCAAGCAACGUUUUACACCCCUCCUUAUGUUCCUUCUGCAUGCUAUGGAUUCACAGAGCAAGGCACGUUGAUAGCAGCGGCUAAUCCUACGAUUUACGCCAACGGUGCAGCGUGUGGGAGGCGGUAUAGGAUCAGGUGCACCGGGCGCACCAACUUAGGGGUGCUCCAGCCGUGCACUAAUCGGGAAAUCAUUGUUAGGGUCGUUGACCUCUGCCCGGGAUGUGCGGCUGACCAGUUUGACCUUUCCCGCGAAGCGUUUGCAAUGAUCGCCAAUCCUGAUGCUGGCAGAAUCUUUAUCGAUUAUGCCCAAGUUUGA